AUGUACGUGAGCUACCUUUUGGAGAAGGAUACCGGCAUGUACCCCAAUACCGUGAGACACCCCAGCCUCAACCUGAACCCUCAAAACUUUGUUCCACCGCCUCCUCAAUAUUCGGAUUUCUCCGCAUACCAUCAUGUCUCCGGGAUUAACAAUGACCCCCACCACAGCCAAAGCGCAGCUUGGAAUCCCGCCUAUGCGCCCCCUCGGGAAGAAUGGGUUCCUUACGGACCAACAGCGGGUGCCUCCACUUCCAACGCCGGGCAGAUAAGUUUCAGCCCACCGGAGUUCUCCCCUGUACAGCCGCCGGGGCUUCUCCCGCCGGCUAUCAAUCCGACUGUUGGUCAGCUCUCUCCAAAUUCCCAACGAAGAAACCCUUACGACUGGAUGAGACGCAGCGCACCGCCAUCAAACUCAGGAAAAACUCGCACAAAAGACAAGUACCGGGUGGUGUAUACGGACCACCAGCGGCUGGAGCUGGAGAAGGAGUUUCAUUAUAGCCGAUACAUCACUAUCAGGCGGAAAGCUGAACUGGCUACGGCCCUCAGCCUCUCGGAGAGACAGGUGAAAAUCUGGUUCCAGAACAGGCGUGCGAAGGAGAGGAAGGUGAACAAAAAGAAAAUACAACAGCCGCAGCAGGCCUCCACGACCACACCCACUCCCCCCGGCAUCGGUACCCCCGGCAACGUCGCCAUGGUGACCAGCAGCAGUAGCGGUCUUGUAUCGCCUUCGAUGACAAUGGCUAUUAAAGAAGAGUACUGA